UUGAAGUAGAUAGCUUAAAACUAGAUAUCUUUUAUUGGAAGAAAUCUUUGGUCCAUUUAAUAGGCAAUUCAUGGACAAUCGUUUUUAAAGUAUAGCCUGACGAGGUUAUUUACUUUUACAUGAUGGUCUUUUUGUUGAAAAUAAACCUGUUCUUAACAUUAUACAGUGCAAUUUCUACCAAUAUGCAAGACCAUUGUCCAAUCAACACAACUUUGAAAAAUGGACGAGUUAAAUUACAGUCACGAGGUGGUAUUACGGCAAUUUUUUCCUGCGAUUCUGGUUUCAUUCUUCGUGGUAGUAACGUAUCACACUGCCAAACAGAUGGACAUUGGUCUUCUACGCUGCCGUCAUGUGUUUUAGAUGGUUUCAACGAUAAAAAAUGCUCAACUAAAAUAGAAAGUAUAAAUUUGACGGAAGGACAAUUUAUAAACAUUAGCUGCCCAUUCGAUGAAAAAGUGGAUAGAAGUCAACACUUUUGGAUUGGAAAUGGAAAACUAGUACAAACUUCUACAUACAAGCGACAUGCCGUUGAAAUUUCUGUCAAAAACAGUGGAUUAUAUACGUGCCUAGGUUAUAACUCAGAUGAAGUAAAUAUUUUAAGAGCUGUUAAUGUGUCUUUAACUCUACCAACACAAUUAAAUUCCGAACAAUGUGAAUUUAGUUUUACAAACAGAACUUCUUACAUCGAAGCUGUCUUUGGAUCCGAAAUAUUCUUAUCUUGCGAAACAAAACCUAUCUUAACAAUGAUUUCUUGGUAUAAAAAUGGGAGAUUAAUUUUAAAAGAAACACAUGACGUUUUCUUUUUGAAUAUUUCCAGCUUGCAGAGCAUUCAUGAAGGUGUUUACUCCUGUUUAGCAUAUCAAUUAAAUAAUCCUAACUGUGCAAUUGAGAAAAAUAUCACAGUUAAAAUGCUAAAUAGUAGUAGUUCCAGUAACGAUACUAAAUAUGCGUGUGGUCAACCAGCUGUAAAUUCUGUACGAAGGUGGAGACGAGUAAUAGAUGGUAACAGAGCAGCUCUGUUGUCGGCUCCAUGGAUGGGCAUGCUAUCUAAGAGCCGUGAACCUCCAUUCUGUGGCUGUAGCCUUAUAUCUGAUAAGUGGAUAAUAACUGCUGCACAUUGUUUUCGAAUAAAGAACAAUAAUGUUUAUAAUUUUAUGUCUCAAGAAAAAAUUAAAAAUACGGUCAUCGUAAAAUUCGGAAAGUAUCUCCGGCGUCAAAUUGAAAAAGGGGAAAUAAUUAGACUGAUACAGAAUUUAAUUGUUCACCCGAAGUUCAUACUUUCUCCUAAUGAUGAUAAAAUAAUCAAUGAGCAUGACAUUGCUCUUGGAAAAUUGAACGAAUCAAUAAUUUUUCAAGAAAACGUCUUACCUAUUUGUUUACCUCCACCUGGUUUCACAGCAACAAUACCUACAGGAACUCUAGGAGUAGUAACAGGAUGGGGACGAGUAACUGUCAGAGGUUCUGUCAUGGCUUUGACACUGCAAGAAGCUUUCUUGCCAUUAAUUAAUAACACCUCCUGCCAGCAAACAUCGAAUUACGCGAUAACAGAUAGUAUGAUAUGUGCAGGUUAUGCAGAAAGUUAUCGACCUGAUACUUGCACUGGAGAUAGUGGAGGGCCAUUUAUUUUUCAAAAAUCAAAUAUUUGGUUCUUAAUUGGUGUGGUAAGUUGGGGAGAAGGCUGUUCUACACCUAGAAAGUUUGGAGUAUAUACUAAAGUUGAAAGUUAUGUACCAUGGAUUGAAUUAGUCACUGUAGAAAAAUGAACUAUGAACUAAAAGCAUAAAAAUAUCCUCUCAAUAUUUAAGAUUGACUAAGCAGUAUGAAAAAUGAGUACCCUCCUUUAUUAUUAGCAGUCUCUUAUGCUUAAAUAUAAUAUGUAAGAAAAGUUGCAAUCACGCGAUUUGCAUUGAACUUAGAAAAAGGUUCUCAUAAGUAUUUUUUUUAAAACUAUCCGGACUACCUAAGAAGUUAUGUCUUUUUAUCAUUCUAAAAAUAAAGGAUAGAGGGUGGAAAGGAAUUAUAUUUAUUUCAAACACUUUUAUACCAAAUUUUCUUUGAAAUCUUUAGUUUUGACUUUAGAUCCAGCUUCCCUUUCAGCGGCAAAUGUUAUAAAUUGUUUUGAAAAAAAGUGGGGGGAAGGAAAGUUUAAUCCUUUUCAGAGCAUAACGGCAUUCAUCUAAUAAACAUCCUUAUGAAAAUUGUGGUUAUAAUGCAGUGUAUUAUAGACUGUUCAUAGAUUCAAUAUUCAUUUAUCUUCACAUAGUCAGUAACCACCACUCAGGCCUUAAGAGAAGACAUAAAAGGGCUGGUUCAUUCCAUACUCAAAGCUGAAGCUGAUUCCCCACCUCAUGACGUCACGCCGCGCACAGAUCUCAAAAAUAAGAACUAGAAGAUAUGAAAACUUUGCUGCUUUCAGUAAGAAUGCUCGACACUUUUCUGAUAAUAGCUGUCAAACUUUACCCUGCUAGCAAAUUAUUUCUUUUCAAAAAUAUAGUAUUCAUACAUUUUCUUAGUAUUCCUUAUAGUAUUAAAAAAAAAACAUCUCAAAGUUAGAAGAAUAUCUCAA